UGAAGAGGACUGGAGCAGCAGUAGCAUCCUUCCUGGAGACUUCAGAUCAUUUAGCAACCUGUCUCCACUCAAGAUCCAUUUAAGUCAAUUAAGGCUGCCUGCUUCUUUCACCUUUCAAGUCGCCUCACUGGACUGUGGCGUGACACGAUGAGGAGUCUAGCGCUGCUGUUGGGGGUGAAAGCCGCUUGCAUCCUGCUGGUGUCUUCGCUCUCUGGCACAGGGGCCGUCAACAACAGCGGCCGGUGGUGGGGUAUUGUCAAUGUGGCCUCUUCCUCCAACCUCCUCACCAAUUCCAAGAACGUGCAGUUGGUCCUGGACCCCAGCCUGGCCCUCCUGAGUCGUCGCCAGCGCCGGCUGAUUCGGCAGAAUCCUGGCAUCUUGCAUGCCAUCGCCGCUGGACUGCACACUGCCAUAAAGGAGUGCAAGUGGCAGUUCCGCAACCGCCGCUGGAACUGCCCGACCACCCACAGCCCGGCAAUAUUUGGCAAAAUUGUCAACCGUGGUUGCCGGGAGACAGCAUUUGUAUUUGCCAUUACUAGUGCAGGGGUGACCCAUGCUGUGGCUCGCUCCUGCUCAGAAGGAGCCAUAGAGUCAUGCACAUGCGAUUACCGUCGGCGAGGCCCCGGAGGGCCAGACUGGCACUGGGGGGGCUGCAGUGACAAUGUGGACUUUGGCCGCAUGUUCAGCCGUGAAUUUGUGGACUCCAGUGAGAGGGGCAGAGACCUGCGCUACCUCACCAACCUACACAACAAUGAAGCCGGUAGAAUGACUGUAUCAUCAGAGAUGCAUCAGGAGUGUAAGUGCCAUGGCAUGUCAGGCUCCUGCACUGUGCGUACCUGUUGGAUGCGUCUGCCCAGCUUCCGCACAGUAGGAGACUUCUUAAAGGACCGUUUUGAUGGUGCUUCCAGAGUAGUUUAUGCCAAUAAGGGCAGCAACCGAGCCUCUCACAGAGCUGACCCCCGACAUUUGGAACCAGAAAACCCGGCUCACAAACCUCCUUCUGCCAUGGACCUUGUGUAUUUUGAGAAAUCCCCAAAUUUCUGCUCCUACAAUGGCAAAACUGGCACUUUGGGCACAUCAGGGAGAACAUGCAACAGCUCCUCUCCAGGCCUGGAUGGAUGUGAGCUGCUAUGCUGUGGACGUGGAUAUAAGACCCGGACUGAGAGCGUGACUGAGCGAUGCCACUGCACGUUUCACUGGUGCUGUCAUGUGAGCUGCCUGAACUGCACUAGUACACGGACGUUACACCAGUGUCUAUGAUCACAAGUGGAAAAUUAGGAAUUUUAAGGCAUUUACAAGGAGAAAAGAACUUCUUAGGAAAUCAUGUAGUUGGCUGAGAAUGCCGCUAGUGUGCAGGUGCUUUGAAAAGGUUAAAGUAUAGAAGCUAGAAAAGCUUCAAAGCAGGUAAAUUAAAACAGGGA